AUGGAGGGUGCAAAGUCAUCGCCAGCUGCCAACUCCCGGCCCGGUGCUUUUUCCAAGUCACAGCCGGGAGAGAAAACUGCUUCAAAUUCAACGGCAAACCCGUCAUGCAGAGAGCAGCAACGGAACAAAACUGACCAGGCAGGCCGCCCGAAGGGCGGAGGACCUGCGAGUUCAGUGAAGGGAACAGGAGAUCGUCUGUCUGCUCACAGUGAGGAAGACUUACUGAAGGGUUUGACGCUUCAGGCCGUCUGGAGUGAAAAUGUGGAGUUCACUUCUUUGAUGAACGCGGCGUUGAAGAUUGCUAGACUUAGCCCCACGGCCAGUGACCUGGACUGGAACGAAUCGUACCACACCUUUCUUCAACUCUUCUCUAUGUCAAGGGCACGCCUCGCGCGUCAAAAAAGCAUUCUUCAGGCUCGGCAGUGCGAUCUCGAAGACAUUCUUGCGGACGAGCGGUCCAUCCGACAGUCUGUUGCCGAUUGUGAACGCGCAAUUGUCGAGGCCCAGAGAUGCCUGGCGAAGGCGAAGCGUCACCGGCGGAAUCGGGAGCAAUACGAGGCACUCGCUCUUGAAGUUUCGAGGAAAGCAUCGGUGGCAGACUUGGAAGUCGCCCAGACAGAAGAACUGGAACGGAAAGGUCGGGCAGAAAAGAAGGCGAAACUCGUGGAGGAGCAAAUUGCCACGCGACAGCGUCAAACCCAGGUCGUCCUAAAAGCAGCUUCAGAUCUUUUACAAGCUUCACAGAGCUCGUCAGGUUCUACUACGAAAGCCAAGGGCUGA